CAUCUGUAAAAAGCAAACUUGUCCUGUCAAGUCCAAUGAAAACAAGAAAAUACUUAAAGCAAAUUACAUUAAAAUUACUUGAAUACGGGUACAUGAAAGCUAGUAAAUUCAUAAUUAUAAUUUAACGAACUGAAAUUUUCUCAUUAUUGGAAUUCAUCGAAAAGUGCCAUUAUGUAUAACUCUGGCUAUGAGGAAGCAUUUGAAAUUCUAUCGCUGUAGUGUCAAAAGUAUGUAUUUUUUGUAGAUUUGUAUGGAAAGUAGGAAGAGAUAAGCAACUCAUUAACGACCGAAAUAAAUUUGAAAUCGAACUAAAGGCUUCUUGGAAAUGCUAUUAGUUUUCCCUAAGAAACGUAACCGAAUACGUUCAGGGUGUCCCUCAAAUGGGCAAUUGCCUCACCUGCUUCAAGGAGCCACCUGCUGCGCCCCAGGAAUUAUCACAUUGCCAUAAGGAGGAUAUGCCUGAAGUGAGACUAUACGCUGCCCCAAGUCACAUACCAGCCUCUGCUCCACCAGAUCAGACGAUAGUAAGUAACGGAAAUCACUUAAGUUUGGCACCCGUGUCUCCAGUAAUAGGAGACACCCCUGCAACAGUUGUUGGAAGAUUUUAUCCUUUACCGGGUAGAAAGACCCAUUCCAAGUCUGCUCCGAUAAUGGGACUUUCGGACAGCAAACCGGCAUCAGAAACAAAGCUGAAUGCCUUAUUCGACAUCUAUAAGGACGAAAAUGAAGAAUCAAUCCUGGCCGAAGGAAUCGAGCAGUUGUGUAAAGAUUUGCAGAUACCCCCAGAAGAUUUCAAAAUUUUAGUGUUGGCUUGGAAACUGAAUGCAGAACAGAUGUGCAGAUUUACUCGCGAGGAGUUUGUAACCGGGCUUAAGUCUAUCAGGGCAGACUCUGUGAAAUCGAUACAGAACCGUCUGCCGGAGAUAGUGCAAGAGGUGAAUCGUAGUGCAGAACUGUUCAAAGACCUGUAUAGGUUCACCUUCAAAUUUGGACUGGACACGGCAGCAGGCCAAAGGAUCCUACCGACUGACAUGGCUGUGGUUUUGUGGCAACUUGUGUUCUCUAGGCAGGAACCCCCUAUCCUCAAACGUUGGCUUGAAUUUUUGGAGACGCACCAGAACGUGGUACGGGGCAUACCAAGGGACACCUGGAACAUGUUCUUAAAUUUCAGCGAAACGAUCGGUGAAGAACUGAGCUCCUACGAUGACACGGAGGCAUGGCCAAGUCUCUUCGACGAUUUUGUUGAAUACGAAAACGACAAAAUGAAUCAGAACAUUGCGAAAGACAACAAAGAACUCGAAGGGAUCCUGCGUGAAGAUUUCAACGUGAACGACUGAAUUCUUAAUGUGCAUUGUGGAUUUCUGCCUAUUUUGUGUUAACGGUGAGGUUUAUGGGAUGUAUUUUGCGGGUUGGAGUUAUAUCAAGGGAUUGGGGAGGCCUGGAACUUUACUGAAAUUUGCGGAGAUCAAAAACCAAAUAUUUACUUUGAUAUCGAUAAAAUGUAUUCCAUAUUUGAUUUAUUCUCUAUAUUGAUUAUGUAAUACUUUUUGAAACUAAUUGGAAAACAGUUCAGAUCUUCAAGUGAAUAGAGCAUAAAAUUCAAUUGCCUCACUUGAGAUUUAAAUACUGAUUUUAAGUUGUUUUAUUAUCGAAUUAAGACUGAAACUAAUGACUAAUUUUAAAUUAUUUAAUUGGGCACGAGACAUAUCUUCCUCAUAUCCAGAACACCCUUGAGAUAUUUCCAAAACUCAAAAUACGCUGCUACAAUCAAGAACUUGUAAAUGAAAAAUUUAAAUAUGUUUCCUGUUAUUUUUUUACUGUGGUGAACAAUGUUGAAUUUUCUCUAAUGAAUAAUAAAUGUUUACUUUUGAGAUGUUAUAGGAUUUAAUGAGCGAAUAUCUCAAGAUGUGGGAAAUUCUCAGGGAAAAUUUUGCCCCUAAUCUUAGGAUAUAAAUUGUAAAAUUGAAGCUUCUAUUGGAAUUUUUCACGUUCGGUGCAAUGUAAUUCGAUGUAUUUAUGGAAAUGAUUAGAAUUUAUAGUUAAAAUCAAAACUUGCAUAGUUUAAUUUUUUUAACAGGAGAUUUAUUAUUUUGAGAUAUUCCCUCUGUGAACUUUUGCAAUCUUGCUGACCCAAAUCUGGAUUUUAUUGUAAAUAGAAGCUGAUAAUGUCGAUAGAUGGAAAAUAUUUUAUUUCAAUUAAUUUUUACUCAGGUAACGGCGACUUUCAUUUGGAAUAAAUGAAAAUUUAUUAUACUAUUCCUUGGCCGCGAAGGAGGGAUAUGUGGAUGUAUAUAGAUUUUUAUUUAUUAUUAUGAUUUAUCUUUAUUUAUUUUUUAUCUACUGUAAUGUGAUCAUGAACUUCUAAUACCAAUAAAAUAUUUGUAAUUAUCGA